GGCGCAGCACUCGUGUGAGUCUACGCGCGCAAAAUGUUAUUAGUUACCCGGUCUUUUUCAACAAUUAAUUUUAUGUGUCAAUAAAGUUAUACAUGGCUAAGGAGCUCAGCGAGUAUGAGCUUGCCCGACUAGAGAGGAUCAAGGAGAACCAGCAGAUGCUGGAGGAGCUGUUUCCUGAAGGAACCAGUCUCUCUGUGGGUCGAAAGGCAACAAGAAGUAGUAAACCUGUUCGUCCCAGAAAGAGGUCUGAUGAUGAUGAAAGCAGGGAGUCUGGUGAUAGUGCCUCAGAAGAGUGUGCAACCCCAAGGAAAAAGACACGCUACACAUUCAGGAGAGAAAUGGUAACUCCACGUCGUAACCCCACUCGUCAUGCUCGGCCCAGCACGGGUGAGCGUCCUCUCACGCGGUCACAGAGAAGAAGUAUAGGUGUGGACCUUGAAAACGGGCUGGAAGAUGACCAAGAUGUGAAGAGGAUAGUAUACAAGACAUAUCGAAGGCGUGAUACUACAGAAGAUUGUCUUCCUAUUGAAUUGGAUGGAAAGCCUGGAGUGGAGAGACGUCUGGUCAAGACAGUUGACAGAAGUACCGACAAAGUGUACGACAAAAUUCGAGGAGCCACUUGCCACCAGUGCCGACAGAAAACCAUUGAUACUAAGACAAUAUGCCAUAAUAUACAUUGUAAUGGCACAAGAGGACAAUUUUGUGGUCCUUGUCUGCAAAAUCGCUACGGUGAAGAUUUAUACGAUGCUCUGGCCAAUACGGAAUGGGUGUGUCCCCCUUGCAGGAAAAUAUGUAAUUGCAGUUUCUGUAUGCCGAAGAGAGGGAAGGCUCCAACUGGAAUCAUGAUACACAUUGCUCGUGAAUGUGGGUUCAAUAAUGUACACGAGUAUUUGGAUAAAUCCACUGAUUACUAAACUUUGAACAACUGGACAAUUCUUUUUGGUUCGGGUAUAUUUACUUACUGUGAGUGCUCACUUUGUUAUCUUAUCUAACCUAAAACUGAUAA